UAUUUGAUUUGUUGUGAUUGCUGCAUUUUUUAUUUUGCCUUUGAUGCAUUGGUUCAGCAGAAUGUCAAUUUAUAUUAUUUUAAAGUGUUGGGAACAAUAACGAAUUACAUGUUAAACAAGUGAGCUCAUAUGAUUCUCACAACAUUGUUAUUUAUGGAUUUUGAAAAAUCUGUUUUGAAAAGAAAAACGAUAAGGAAGAACAGUUUUUCCUUCUUUCAUUUUGACACUUCCUCCUCCAGUCCAGUUAGUGGUAGCAAUGCGCCAAAAGGUGGCUUGCCAACAUUACAAGAAUAAGACGAUGACACCAACAACAACAACGCAUCCCAGUAAAUGAGAGACUGAGGUGAAAUGCAACUUCAAAGAUGAUGUUUGUUAAGGAGGAGAGUGAGGACACGUGUGAUCCAGAGAACUACAGAAUAGAUAGUGAGCACGAAGAAGGCCUCGUGGAAGUGAAAGAGGAAAGUCAAAUUCUGAAUGAAGUGGAGGAGAAACAUCAGCAUCGGAAAGCUCACGAUGUCCUCACUGGAGAAAAAUCACAGACUUGCUCUCAAAAUGAAAACUGUUCCUUACAAAGCAGCACACAAACAACAGUCAGAAAGCCUUUCACCUGCUCUCUGUGUGGAAAACAAUGUGCCCACAGAGGUCACCUGAACGAUCACAUGUUAACUCACACCGGAGAGAAGCCGUUCACUUGCCCUCAGUGUGGAAGGAGAUUCUCCCGCAGAAGGAAACUUAAUGAUCACAUACUAAUUCACAAUGAAGAGAAGCCCUUCGUCUGUCCUCAGUGUGGAAAGAGGUACAAACGUAAUGAACACUUUCGAAGUCACUUACUAAGUCACGAUGGAGGCAAGCCCUUCACCUGCUCUCAGUGUGGAAAGAGUUUCAGUUAUAAACGAAGCUUUAAUGAUCACCUCAAAGUUCACACUGGAGAGUGUCUGCACACGUGCCUUCAGUGCGGAAAGAGCUUCCUGAAUAAAGGACACCUUAAGGAUCACAUAAAAAUCCACAGCGGAGAGCGCCCUUUCGCCUGCUCUCAGUGUGGAAAGAGCUUCAUCAGUAAACGAGACGUUACAUCUCACAUGAGAGUUCAUACUGAAGAGAAGCCUUUUAAAUGCCUUCAGUGUGGAAAGGGUUUUGCGUGGGCAAGCUGUCUGAAAAUCCACAUGCGCCACUCUCACUCGGAAGAAAGGGAGUUUACCUGCGAGCACUGCAAUAAAACCUUUGUGUUGGAGUCGUACCUAAAGAGACACUUGAAAAUCCAUCAAAACGAGAAACCCUUUGUCUGUCCGUUUUGCGGGAAAAGUUUUUUGUGGCUCCUGUGCUUCAAAGCGCACCAGAAAAUACACGAGGGUGUGAAAACCCAUGUUUGCUCCGAGUGUGGGAGAGCCUUUGCUACAGCCAACUAUUUGAUAAAACACCAAAAGGUCCACACCGGAGAACGGCCGUACAUGUGCUUAUAUUGCGGAAAGAGUUUCGGUAAGAAAGCAAACCUGGGAGAACACGUAAGACUGCAUACUGGAGAGAAGCCGUACACCUGCACUCAGUGUGGAGGCAGCUUCACCUCAGCUAAAGGUCUAAGUUAUCACAGAGGAAAGCAGUGUUGCCAAAGUGGGCCAAAUUCAUGCUCCGUUGAAAUCCAGAUAGUGUCAGAUAUGCCCAAAGUUUGCGUUUCUACCAAAAAAGCAAUUACAUCUACAACAUUAAGUGGCGAAUAAGCCCUCAUUCAAUGUAAAUGGCAGCAGAAAGUCUGUGCAUAUAGUACUUUAUUGUUAAAGAAAACUUUAAGGUAAAGAAUUAAAUCAGAUUUUUUUUUUUUUAUAACACAUAAAUGUAAAUAUAGACCUUAUGUAGCUCUGCCCCGUCGUCUUCUGUCUUCCCACAGCGUGAAGAACGUAUGGGUUGUACCACUCGUUUUAAAAACUUCCCGGUCUACUGACAUCUGCAUUGAAGAUUACAAUGUACGUGGUAGAUUCUGAUUACUCUAUAAUAAGUAAAUCCACUUCAGAUAAUUACUCUUCAACAGUGAUGCUACAGAGCUACUGCAUUAACAGAAGUUCAAAGAAAAUAAUCUAAAGAUGGCUGUGCACUUGUUUCUCUCACACAUAUGGUCUAUAGGUAUAUCAUAUAUUUAGAAAGGGCCAAGCAUAGUCAGUAUAGAUGCCUAGAGGAAUACAUACAUAAAAAACAAGCAUUUUUGUGCAUGCAUAUAUAUAUAUAUAUAUAUAUAUAUAUAUAUAUAUUUUUUAUAAUUGUUAUGGUCUUGGUCAAAAGUAUGUACAAACAAUGCUGAUGAUUCAGUCUAAUUUAAAGACCUAACUAGCUGUAUAGAAAAUAAUUUACUAAGAAUUAAAAUUAGAUUCUAAAGCAUGUAAGAAUUUUUUUUUUUAUGUUGCCCGUUUUUUUUUAAUGAAGCACUUUUUUUCUUUUUGUGCUACUCUUUCAUUGAAUUAAAUAUAGAAAUUGAAGUAUUUACAAAAUAUGAUUACUCAGACUCUUUGGCAUGUUACACAGAAUUGCUCGUGUUUGUAAAUGUGUAAUAUACUGUAAUAAAAACAAUUGAAUGAA